AAGCUAUAUUGGUACACUUGUUCGUAUGCAUAUUCCGGUCUCCAUAGCUAAAUGGAAUCUGAAAAGCGAAAAGUUGGAUGCGAAAAAAAAAGCGAUUUGGGACGAGCUUCAGAGGACUUUUGAGAUACCAGAUGAUCGUAGACGCUACAUACUUAGUUUGGCCGGAAAAAGAUAUAGAGGGUGGAAAGCUUUUUUGACAAACACCUAUCUUAAGGAUAAAGAUGGAAACUUUCUUGAAGAGGCACCGGGACGGCCAAAAAAGUAUGAGAUCUUCAUUGAUGAAAAAGAUUGGGCUGAGUUUGUAAAGCAAAGAGAUGAAGAUUUUCGGAAAAGGAGUGCCACGAAUAGUGCGAGAGCAUCCAAACCCGCGUAUCCAUACAAAAAAGGGCGUUUGGGAUAUGCACGCUUAGAGGAUAAAAUUUUAGAGGAGACUAAAAGUGAGGAAACGUCACUUCCUGUACAUGUGUUGUGGAAGGAAGCUCGUGUGGGCAAGAAUCAAGCUGUCGAUCCCGAUGUUCAGAGAGUUUAUACUGAAUGUGUAAGUAUAAUGCUGUGUCUUUAAUUAAAUCAAAUGUUUUUUAAUAUAUAAAUGAUUUUUUAUCUCCACUAAUAAUUAUUGAAAUGUAAAUGAAUUACAGGAGAC